AUGCGGAUUCCAGUCAUUCUACUCUGUGUAGUUGCAAACCUCUAUCUAACCGGAGCAUUUGUCCUACCCGACGACCGCAGUCUGCACGUUGAAGAUGUGGAUGGCAAGCUGAGUACCAUCGAACUGGCUACGAAAUAUGGCUAUCGAAUCGAAACGCACGAAGUGCAAACCGAAGAUGGUUACCUAUUGGAACUGCACCGCAUAACCAGAAGUGGAUCCACGAUGUACGACCGGAAGCUUCCACCGGUGCUGCUGAUGCACGGUGUGUUCGCAUCGUCUGCAGAUUGGGUGCUGCUCGGACCGGGAAAUGCCCUGGCUUAUCUGCUCAGCGACAUGGGGUACGACGUGUGGCUUGGGAACGCUAGAGGAAAUCGUUACUCCCGGAAGCAUAUCAGCUAUACACCUGAUAUGAACCAGUUUUGGGAUUUCUCAUGGCAUGAAAUCGGAAUCUAUGACCUUCCGGCUAUCGUGGACUAUGCCCUGAAUGUGACCGUGAAGGAGAAGCUGCACUACAUCGGUCAUUCCCAGGGGACGACGGUGUUCUUCGUUAUGUGCUCGGAGCGACCGGAGUUUAAUGAAAAGUUCGUGUUGGCCCAGGAAUUAGCACCGGUGGCCUAUAUGGAACAUAUGAACAGCCCGUUGUUGAAGGUUGUGGUAAAGCACUUGGGUGUAAUUUCUACAAUCGUAGACCUUUUCGGUUUGGGAGAAUUCAAACCUAUUCCGGCAGUGAUUCUCGAAGUUGCUGAGCACCUAUGUCCUGAAUCACAAAGUAAUAACCUCUGUGUGAACUUGCUUUUCCAGUUGACCGGUGCUAAUCCGGAUCAAGUUGAACCGAAAAUGAUUCCCAUCCUACUGGGUCACAUACCGGCGGGAUCAGCCACCAAGCAGCUCAUUCACUUCGGGCAAGAAGUGCAAUCGGCACAGUUCCGUCAGUUUGACUACGGGAAGCUGAAGAACAUCUUCGUGUACAAUCAAACGGAACCACCGGCGUACAACCUUACCUAUGUGACUGCACCGGUCAUUCUACACUACGGUGCAAAUGAUUACCUCACCCAUCAGAAGGAUGUGCAGCGAUUGGCUAAACAGUUGCCCAAUCUGAUCGAGAAUCAUCUGAUAGAGAUGAAACUGUUCAAUCAUUUAGAUUUCUUAAUAGCAAAAGAUGCGAAGCAAUUGUUGUAUGAAACAAUUAUCGGCAAUAUCGAGAAUUAUAACAAUGAGCUAAUUGCAAUUAUUAGCACGCCCCAGCAACAACAGCAGCAGCAGCAGCAGCAGCAGCAGUGGUGUCAUGUUCUACUAGCCGUCCGUCUGUCGGUGCUGAGGGGAAACCGAAAACACUACCUGAGCAGUUUCGUGCAGUUAUGUCCCUCAUGCAAAAGUAUGGACCGUGAAGCCAUCAAAAUAUUCAACUGGAACGCUUGCUCGCUCAAGAGCAAAAUCAUUGAGUUCGUUGAUUUUCUCAAUGGACAUAGCAUUGACAUCACCGUCAUCACCGAAACACACCUGAAGCCGUAG